CGGGAGGCUCCCCCGGCGGCCGGAGGUCCCAUUCAGAAAGCCCCACAACAAUAGUGAGGACUCCGCCUCCUCGCUCCUCCCUCUCUCCCGCUGGUAGGGGUUUGCCUCGGUACUCGAGGUCUUUUCUCUCCCAGCGCCGGAGCUGAGAGGACAGCGGUGGAGAGGGGCGGCAGGAUGAAUGUGGGCACGGCGCACAGCGAAGUGAACCCCAACACACGGGUGAUGAACAGCCGCGGCAUCUGGCUCUCCUACGUGCUAGCCAUCGGGCUUCUCCACGUGGUGCUACUCAGCAUCCCCUUCGUGAGCGUCCCUGUUGUCUGGACCCUCACCAACCUCAUCCACAACACGGGCAUGUACAUCUUCCUGCACACAGUGAAGGGGACACCCUUCGAGACCCCGGACCAGGGCAAGGCAAGGUUGCUGACUCACUGGGAGCAGAUGGACUAUGGGGUCCAGUUCACCGCCUCUCGCAAGUUCUUGACUAUCACACCCAUCGUGCUGUACUUCCUCACCAGCUUCUACACCAAGUACGACCAGAUCCAUUUCAUCCUCAACACCGUGUCCUUGAUGACUGUGCUCAUCCCCAAGCUGCCCCAACUCCACGGAGUCCGGAUUUUUGGAAUCAAUAAGUACUGAGGGUGCAGCCCCUCUCCCUGCUCAGGAUGACGGGGGGAGGGGUAGGAGAUCUGUGCUGAUGCUGAAGACGGAAGGAGCCUCUGGACACCGUCAGAGAUGGGAUGGGGGUUGAGCCUCUGGGCCCUAGUUUAACUGCUUCCCCCAGUAGCUGACUUGGAGUAGCUUAUAGUGGGGUUGGGGUGGGCCCCCGGGGCUCCGACCUUUUGAUUUUUUUUAUCUUUUCUUUUUGCCUUUUGAAUAGAGAUCUCAUGGGGGUGGCCAUGGAAUGGGCUGGGCUCUUGGGCUGAACACGGACCCAUGAGGCUGGGACAGGAGACCAGGGGAAACUUCUGCUCUCUUGCUUACCCUCAGGUGGCCAAAGCACUUUAACCCCUGCCAGGGAGCAGAGGGGAUGGUACAGCUUCUACAUCGUUUCACUGUAAUCCUUCAGUCUUUAGGAUGACAGUACGUGCUUACAUGUAUAGAGCAAGUGUGUGACGCUGCCUUGUCUCUGGGCAGAGUGCUGUCCGGUCCUAGUCACACCAGGCGACUGGAUGGGGGGGAGGUCAGAAGAGGGAUGGUGGGGCUGGGUGUGGAUGCCAGGGGCCAGCCUGCU